CGAAUGAUCGAAUCUUAAACACUUACUUCUCUUCAUUACUAUUAUAACCUCCUGCCUAUCAACUUGGUCCACAGCUUUGCCCUUCAUCCUUGGAUAUGAACCGAGAAACACACGCUGAUAGUGCUGAAGACAGCUUCGUGGCCGUUGACAACGAUGACACGAACCGAAACCAAAGAAGAGCUUCUGUCGACCCAGAUGGCUGGAAGUUUACGCACGGGGAGGCAGGCAGUGAUGAUCACAGUGAUGGCUGGAGGAUUGCAGAUGGACACGAGGAAGAAACUGUUGAGCACCAAGAUGGUAACUCUGAAGACAUCGCGUCGACACAUCCCGACCCUGCCAAUGGUGAAUUCUGGACAACUCUUAAUAGCAGUCUCCAGGCACCAGCAGCCGAAACACCAGAAGCAGAACCCCCACAUUCUGCACCGCCAGAUGAUGGCCUCUUGACCACUACAAAUAACAUUGUCUCAGCAGCAGAGUCAGAACCUGAUCAGCUGGCCGAAAAAAAUUUGGGCGAGACCCAACAAGAACUCACUAUCACGCAGCACUCGAUGUCUACAAAGGAAAGUAAGACGGCCAAAAUCAGAAGCAAAGCCAGAAGCCCAGAAAUCAGAAGCCCGGAAACCAGCGUGACAAGAAGUUCGGCAAAGAUAGUCAAUCGAUCCAAACUGGCAAAGCACAGAAGAGAAAGCAGAGACUUUGCGCAAUCUUCACAGCUGAUUCAAGAACAAACUGUUCAGAUACCCGGCGCCCAACCAGGUGCCCAAACCCAACCGGGUGCCCACCAUCACAGAAUACAGGGAAUAGAUGGAGAUUCAGGAGCUGCCACCACUAGAGUCCGUCAGGAGGAGGAAGAAAAGGAAUCUGAAGGCGGAAGCAAUUACUUGGCGCAAGCUACACUAGUGGAACCUGACGAGGAUCCAAUUGCCUUGGUGGAGGCACAGCCACUGACUGAUAGCAUCUUUACCAGCAAACUAUUUUGGUUUGCGGUUUUUGGCAUUCUGUUCCUCGUCAUUGCCACGGUUGUGGUUGUUCUUUACUUUACCCUGGGUACAAGGGAAAGUGGCAGCAAAGAAGUUCCGACCGGUCCCAUUGAGCCGGGCUUCUUCCUUGACCGCAUCAAUAAGGCAGGCGUUCUGAGAUGUGGUGUUGAUCCAUUACUGGGUACUAUUAGGGACUUCUUUGGGCCGGAGUCUGGUGGUUUGGAGCUGAUCGAUCUUGCCUUGUGCCGAGCAAUUGCAGCAGCGGUGUUUGGAGAUGACAGCAGGGCUGAUUUUGUCACACUGCCCGCCAGGGCUCUGGACCCUGGCGUUGACUUUGCUCAGCUCAUUUUAACAGAUGGUUUUGAUGCUCUUUAUAGCAAUGCAAGCACAGUUGAUGUACUAUUUGGCUUUUGGGACCUCUUCAAUAUGGAUAUCCUUGGCAAGCUCUCUGUUGGAACUCCCUAUUUAUAUUAUGACAAUGUGUACGCAGGAAUUGCAAAGUUUGUUGAUUGUGCCGAAAGAAACGACUUGUCUGGGGAUUGCAGUGAUCUUAAAGUUUGCAUGGUGGAGACAUUUGCCCCACGACAAAGCAAUGACACUCUUUUUGUGAAUGAUGGAUCUGAGCUUUUGCUCAAUUUCAUCAAUGGAGAAUGCAAUGUCGCUAUUGUGUUCGACAAUGACUUGGCCAAGACCUUCUUGGGUCUGUUUGGAUACGAUGGUGAAUUUGUGCGUGGAGAGACGGCUGUGAAUGAGUAUUAUGCUAUUACUACGCAUGAUGGAGACCCCCAGUGGAGUGAUUUCGUCAAUUCCAUUCCACAUGCUCUCCUGGCAGCUGAGGAAGCUGGCAUUACCCAACAAACAGCUGAAGCAUUUGGCGCUACUGAUCUCUUUGGUGAACAGUACAAGGACAUGUUCAUCAAUGCCAUUGCUGCAGUAGGCAACUAUGGUGAAAUGUAUGAACGGGAAUAUGAACCUAUUUUCCCCCGUCCUGUUAUAAACUACAUCAAUGAUGGCAGCACUGGUCUUCAUCAAUCCUACCUCAUUGGUGUAACCACUAUGGGACCUGAGCCUCUUGCCGCUAGUGCGAUUUCAGUGAUCAAGGAACGGGGGGAACUACGAUGUGCCGUGAAAGGCAAUAGAACUGGGUUUGCUUCUUAUAACAAUGUGAAGGGAGAGUGGCAGGGUAUUGAUAUUGACUAUUGCCGGGCUCUACAGGCAGCCGUAUUUUUGCCUUCGGAAGGGAGCUACACUGUCAUCGAAAUCAAUGAUGAAUCUGAGGGGUACUCAAUGUUGGCCAACGGUACUGCAGAUGUCUUUGCUGGAGCCACUUGGACCAUCAGAAGUGAUAUCAAGGAGGCUACUACAGGACUGGGUUACUCAUUUUCUCAGCCAUACUUCUAUGGGCCAGUCAAUGCAGGGAAUGGCAUGGUAUUGCCAGAGAACCUUUGCCUUGCUACACGACAAGAGGAUCAGGAGUGGGUUUCGUUUGUCUUAUGGACUGUCACAUCUUUAUUCUAUGCUGAGCAUAACGGGGUUGAUUCGAGUAGUGCCGAGUUGAUGCCAUCAGUUUCUUCGUUUGGUUGUUGUUUGUAUAACGACAUGUUCGUCAGGGCAGUUGCUGCAGUUGGCAACUAUGGAGAUAUCUAUGAAAGGAAUCUGCACGAGAUGGUCCCUCGUGGUGGCCGCAACUUACUGUUUCCAUUUAUCAAUGCCACUACACCUAAGUUGUACGUUCCACCGGGCUUUUUUUGAAGAAGAAGGAUGAGUUACAAAAAUAAUGAAUGACCUGACGAGUCGAUUACCCAAUAACGAAGUGAUUGCAACAU